AUGGGAUCCGUAUUUCGUGAUUUUGGCGGGAGAAUCUUGUCUAUCACAGAUAUAAAACGUCAUCCAGACUAUCGCACGGACCAAUACUAUCCGGAACAUAACUUGGCUUUAGUAAAGGUUAAUAUUCCCAUAGCGAUCGGUAGUAGAGUGCAAAUCGUUUCUAUAGCAACGCCAGGAGCCGAACUACCAGCUCUCUUCGGCGAGACCAUUGUCACUGGAUAUGGAAGUGUGGUAACCGGCCAGAUUCGAGAAGGUGAAAACCAAGAACUCCGACGGAUGAUCGUGAAAGAGAUGCCUCGUGCUGAGUGUAGGCAAAUUUACGGAAACGAAUAUCACUUGCAGCACGACCACACGUGUUUGCAAAGUGUGAUGAAGGGCGUCGCUUUGUGUGCUGGAGAUACAGGUGAUCCAGCCGUCCAUUUUAGCGGUGUAAAUCGCGCGGGCACACUGUUUGGAAUAGCUUUGUUUUCUGGAACUGAAGAGUGUGCACUUAAGCUAAAGCCGGGAGUUUACGCUAAGGUCUCAUACAGCAAAAAAUGGAUUGAUAAUGUGUUAAACGACCGAGAAAUCAACGAGAGCAUUGAUAGUGGAGAUAAUAUAAUACCCUUAGAUGUAUAA